UUGCCACCAUUAUUUCCACCCUUUCAUUACACCUUCUCGCCAAGAAACACAAUUCGUCUCUAAUUUCUUGUUCACAAUAUUAUGAAAUCAAAUAUUAUUUAGAUUUUUGGCCACAAAAAACCCAAUCAAAAGGCAUAUUAUACAAAAUACCCAAAUCAUGGAGUUCUUCGUCAAGACCAAAGCCGUUAAGCUCAAAAGCCACUUAGACAAGUACCUGGUCGCCGGCGAGGACCAGGCCGCCGUCCGGCAGAGCCGCAACGGCGCCGCCCGGAAGGCGCGGUGGCUGGUGGAGCUCGUGGACACAAACCCACACGUCGUCCGCCUCAAGAGCUGCUACAACCGCUACCUGGCCGCCUCCGGCGAGCCGUACCUCCUCUGCAUGACCGGCCGGCGAGUCCUGCAGACGCUGCCGGAAAAUCACGCCAAGGAUUUGUCGAUCGAGUGGCAGCCCAUCCGCGACGGGUUUCAGGUGAAGCUGAAGGCCUCCGACGGAACGUAUCUGAGGGCGAACGGCGGGACGCCGCCGUGGAGGAACACGGUGACGCACGAUUGCCCCCACGCCGCGGCCACGCACGACUGGGUGGUCUGGGACGUGGAGGCGGUGGAGGUGCCGGAGGAUGAGGCCGUCGCCGAUUACUGGUCCAUGGUCUGGAGCUUCUCGUCGAUCUCCGAUGAGAUCGCCGGCUUGGACAUCGGACCGCUCUCGACCCGGUCUAGCUUCUCCGGUUCACCGUCGCCGUCUCCCUCGCCUCGGUGGCUCUCUGCGAAGAAGAGCCCUUUCCUGUCGUUAUCUCGCACUACCGCCAUGGACAUCUUCCAGACAGCGAAAGCCGUACGGCUGAAGAGCAUCCACGGCAAGUACCUGACCGCCGACGAUAACGAGGAAUCCGUCACUCUGCACCGAACCGGAAACUCCAAAUCCGCCAAAUGGACCGUCGAAUUAGUCGAAAGCUCCGACACGAUCGUCCGGUUGAGGAGCUGCUACGGCAAGUACUUAACGGCGUCAACCCAGCCGUUUCUGCUGGGCUUGACGGGUCGGCGGGUGGUGCAGACUCAGCCGAGCCGCGUCGACAGCUCCGUCGAGUGGGAGCCGAUCAGAGAGAGCGGCGGCGUCAAGCUGAAGACCCGGUACGGACACUAUCUGCGGGCCAAUUUGGGGCUGCCGCCGUGGCGGAAUUCCGUCACGCACGACAUUCCGCAUCACGCCGCCACUCAGGAUUGGAUUCUCUGGGAGAUUCAUGUCGUCGAGAUAUUAGACGAUCACCACCACGAGGAGGCGGCGCCGCCUCCGGCGACGGCGGCGGAGGCGGCGUUGGAUUUGGUUCCGUACGAAUCGAGCUCGCCGAGUUCGAGCCACCGUUCCUCCAAAUCGGCUAGCUUAUCGGGACACGAGUCACACGAUUCUUUAGUGACGUGGUCGCCGAAGGUGAGCGAAGGCCGGGUAAUCUAUUUUCACGUAGCGAAUGAAUUUGGUGAAUUAGACGAGGAAUUUUACAUACGAUUCAAGGGCAAUAAAGUGAGUGAAUUGACAAAAAAAUUAAAGACAGAAUUAGGGGUGGAAGCUGUAACAGUGUGCUCUAGAAGCCCGUUGGACGGAAAGCUUUAUCCUCUUCGUCUCCAUCUUCCUCCCAACAAUGCGACCAUGCACCUUGUUGUCCUUACAAGUUAAACAUAAUAUCUCAUUAUAAU